AGUAUGCAUAGCAACUGAUGAGUGCCGUCCAUACUAAAGAUCACCGUCACACUUCACACAUUUUGGGCAUUCGCCCCGUGGUUCCAAAACCCAGAGUGUGUAGAGCCAACAGUGUGGCGGUGGAGGCAGUGCAGCAAGCAGAGGGAGGCCAUACAGCACACCUAUGACAAAAUGGAACCCACUCAGCAGUGUGAGGAGACCUGAAAGUGGCACAAUGGCAGAGUGUGGCGAUGGAGACAGCAGCAAAGGGAGGCCGUACAGGGACCCAUUGACACACUCAUGGACCCUUGGCAGCAGCAUGAGGAGGCGGUACAGGGGCCCAUGGCAGAUUACGGGCCUGGCAGCAGCAUGGGGGGCCCGUAAUCUGCCAGGCACCCUAUGACCAAAUGGAACCCACCAGCAGUGUGGAAGGAGACUGAAAGUGGCACAU